AAAAAUAGACAUCUUGUAUGUAUGGUAGAACAAUAAAUUGAAUUCCAUGUCUCUAGCUUUGGCUAUUAUUUUCAAAAAGUAGUUUAUACCUACUCUGAUAUUCCUGCAGCCAGCAAGUGCAGGUCCCUCAAAGAGACAUGUUGCACAACCCCUGAUACAAGAUCAUCAAUUCAUUGAUAGAAAAAUUCAUGCUUUACAGCCUAUAUCUUCUGCAAGUUGUGGUAGCUCAGUGGAGGUACUGCCUCAUAAACUUGUGGAGUCUCCUAAUAGCUCUUUGGAUUUUAGAGGCAGGAUAGGUGAGUCGAGUUAUCACCUCAAAACAUCAGCAGAAUUACUCAAGGUGCUUAAUCGGAUUUGGAGUCUUGAAGAACAUCAGACGUGCAAUAUGUCACUGUUAAAAUCUUUGAAAAUGGAACUAGAUCAUUCUCAGUCACAAAUAAAGGAGUUGCUCAAAGAGAAACAAACUAACAGGAAAGAAAUGGAUGAUUUGAUGAAGCAAGUUGCAGAAGAUAAAAUCGUUAGAAAAAAUAAAGAGCAGGACCGAAUCAAAGCUGUCAUUCAGUCAUCAAGAAAAGAGGUAGAAGAUGAAAGGAAGCUAAGGAAACACUCAGAAAGCCUGCACCGGAAGCUAGCUCGAGAGCUUUCUGAAGUCAAAUCUGCUUUCUCUAAUGCUUUAAAGGAACUUGAGAGGGAAAGGAAAGCACGGAUUUUGUUGGAAAAUUUAUGCGAUGAGUUUGCCAAGGGAAUCAGAGCUUAUGAACAAGAGGUCCGGUCCCUAAGGCACAGACCUGAGACAGAUCAUGUUGCUAGGCCUGGAAAACCUGACCGCCUGGUUCUCCAUAUUUCAGAAGCAUGGCUUGAUGAGCGAAUGCAAACGAGACUAGCAGAAGCUCAAAAUGAGCUUGUUGAAAAGAAUACAAUAGUUGACAAGUUAAGUCUAGAUAUAGAAACCUUUCUCCAAGCUAGACAUUCCAAUGAACUGAAGGAAGACAGUAGCUUUAUUAAAGAAGCAAUAAACAACUGCUCACGGCGGGAGUCCUUUCCACUAAAUGAGGCUGUAAGUGCACCUAGAGAUGCUGCUGAUGAAGAAGAUUCUAUUGAUAGUGAUUCAAAUUGUUUUGAACUAAACAAAAGCACAGGUAAAAAACAGAACACCGGCAACUCCAAACGACGAGGUAAUACUAAUUGUUCUUCAGAAAGCCAUCUUAAGGAAAUAAAGAGUUCAGAUACUAAAAAGAGAAUGGCAAGGAAACAUGCUCGAUUGAACUCAAAUGGUGUGGUGGAUAAGUUAAUCAGAAAUCAUUCCUUAUCAUCUGAAGGAGAUAGAAUUCAUCCUGAAAGUGAUUUGAAGGAAGACUGUUGUGUUAAGCCUGUUUUUGCUGCAGGACAUUCAAGUCCAGUGCAGAAGUGGAUAUCAAAAUUGGCAUCCCCAGAGUUUGAUAAAACUGAAUCUUCCUUGCAGUUGCAUAGGGGCAUAAAUGAAAAUAGUACAUUGAAGGAAAAACUACUAGAAGCGAGAUUGGACAGUCAGAAAUCUCGAUCAAAACUCUCUAAAGCUUCUCUUUAGGAUCUGUCUGAAACAGUAUAGUAAGCUUUCUCAUAAAUAGUUUAUGUAUGUUAGUUGCAGGGAAAUAUCUUUCUUAUGAAACUUUUUCAUUCUGCAAUGUUUCUAAAUAGAUGAAAUGUUAGUUUUGCACUUGUAAAAAACUUAAAUUUUACUAAAAAGUAAAUUAGAUUAUGAGACUCA